AUGAAUCUAUACCUCGCCGUUGAUUCCCUUUCCCUUAACCUCGGACCUAAACUUAAGGGGGGCGCUACUGUGUUCCCCAAUCGCAAAUCAGAACCAAACAACAUCCUCCUCUGCUCGACGCUCAUCACGGUCACCGGCCACCGCAACGCUCUCGCCGCUGUCGCCGCUGUCGCCGACCAUCGCAGCGCACCCUUCGUCUCCGCCGGGCAUUAUAACGCUCGUGUCAUAGUCGCAAACCAUCACGUUGACGUCGGCGACGCUUGCAUCACCCUCGACAGGGUUCGCGUCGCUAUCCCUGCGUCUCAACAACAACAGCAGAAGCAGCAGAACCUUCAUCAGUCACUUGCCUCUCACUAUCAUCUCUUACAUUUGGUGGAGAAUUUGGCUGAGGUUAUUGAACAUGGAAACCCAGAUCAACAGUCAGAUGCAUUGAUCAAUGAAUUGAGCAACCACUUUGAGAAGUGCCAGCAGCUGUUAAACUCAAUCUCCGGCUCGAUUAGCACCAAGGCUAUGACAGUUGAGGGACAGAAGAAGAAGCUAGAGGAAAGUGAGCAAUUGCUAAAUCAGAGAAGAGAUUUGAUUGCCAAUUACAAAAAAUCUGUGGAGGAACUUGUAAGGUCUGAGCCAUAA